UUAGAACGAAAAUGGCGAAGUUGAUGUUCGUGCGGAUUGUUUUCGUUUCGACGCGCAAUGUUCCUUUGCAUUUCCAGAAAUCCGUGCUUAAUAUGAAUGGCUUUUGCGCUCAAGUCCGCGUAAAACGCGAUAUCUAGGGAAUCCGGCUUACUAAAUACGUGAUUUGUGUACAUUUCUUGAUCAACUCAUAAGAAGCCAUCAGGAUCGGGGGAACUGUCAAACUUUAGCUUGCCGAUUUUAGCGCGCUAAUGGUUUGUUUUCGUCUUGACGCCGACGAGAAAAGUGUGCACACAUAACUUGUGAUAGUGAGUUCUCCGAUUUAAGUUGAAAGCGUGCUUUUGUCAGUGUAGCAAGUGUGCAUAAUGUGCAGUUUGAGAAUGAAGCAAACUUCGGGAAAAGUGUUUCGCGCCCGUGAAAAUCCGUGAUGAACGAAACACGUUGACGUGAUUUUAGUGUUGGCUUGUUUGUGCAACUACCCUCUGAACAAUAUCCUGUUAGUUAUCGAGAACCAAACAGAAUGGGCUCUAAUGAUUUUGAUGUGGAGCUGUUCGAGCAGCGGCUCGCCAACCUCAAGGAUACACAAGAAGGUAUCCAGCAAAUGUCGUCGUGGUGCCUGCAACAGCGGGCACACCAUAAGAAGAUUGUCAGUAGUUGGCUGAAUGUUCUGAAGCAAGUGCGGGUGGAACACCGGUUGACGCUUUUCCAUCUCGCCAAUGAUGUCAUUCAGUACAGCAAGCGGAAAAAUUAUGAAUUCGUGGAGAGUUGGGGCACAACACUGCAAAAGGCAACAACGAUGGUCAGGGAUGAAAAAGUGCGGAAUAAGAUUUUCAGAAUUCUGAAAAUUUGGGAACAGCGACAGAUAUAUUCGGAGGAGUAUCUCAGUGAUCUGAACGGGCUGCUUAGCAUGAACCCCGUUAAAAAAACACAACAGUCGAGUAUUGAAUCGGGUGAUGACUUUCAGGCAUCAAUAUUAAUAGCGAAUAUAAAAGACUGCGUUCGACUUGAACAACACACAGAUAGAAGUUUUAAACAUUUACCAAAAGAAGCACCAAAUUGUGAUGCCGAAUCAAUAAAAAAUACGUUAAAAGACAGAAGUCGAGCGGAGGAGGUUGAAAAACAAUUGGACGAGUAUGUGGCGGCGUUAGAGUCUUAUGUGAAAAGUUUGAGCUCAGAAAUAAAGUGUCGCAGUGCCCUUGUGACGAACAUGGAUCAUGGUCAAACAUUCUAUGCGAAUCAAAGGGGGGAAGUCAAAGUAGUAGUUAAUGCUUACAAAAAUUUUGGAAACCGAAUAAAAGUGAUGAAGAAAAAGUUAGAGGAAAUAGCCCCUACACUCCCUAGUCCGAUACCAUCUCCAGAUAUCAACGCACCGUCCCCAGAGCCAGAUGCUGAUAUUAUACUUCCUGAUGAGCAAAAUAGUAUUUGUGCGAGUAUGUUCAAGAAUUCAUCAAAUGGUUAUAACAGCUACAUGGACACUACAUUGCCUUUUGAUAUAAAUGAUUUCAAGCGGGAUAGUCCGAGGCACUCAUAUGAUGGUAGCUCAAGUAGUACACAACCAAUACAAGUGAUAAACAGCCGUUUGGAAGAAAAGAACAUUUCAAAUUUCAAUAUGGACGACUAUUUCAAGCCUGUAAAUAGCGGAAACGCCUACCCUACAACCACUCCAUUACCGGUUCCACCAGUUCCCAGAUAUGAAAGAUCUCAAUCUGGAAUUUCCUCCUAUAGUGAUAGUUAUAGCGAUGGCGCUUACAAUCCACUUGAUACGCCCUAUACAAAUGAUUCCAAUUAUCUGUCGAGUGCAUCAAGCAGCUACGACGGGAACAUGCCACUAAUGCCACCGCCUCCAAUGCCUCCAGGAUUAACUGGUCAAAAUGACGAUUUCUCUUCAUGGGAUUUAGAAAUGUCUUGGAAUUCAGCAAAUUCUUCAAAUCCAUUCAAUCAUGUGAUUGAGACCCCCACAUCGCCCCCAAGUUUUGAACGAGAAGGCGUGAACACAAAUGUGAUUGAGUAUGUUGAUCGGAGUCGUGAACCUGUUUUAAGCUCUGUGGAAGACGUUGAUCACCGGCAGUUGCAUUUGCCUCCCACUGCGAAUGUUCCAUUAUCAAUGACGAAAGAAAAAGGAAGAUCAGUUGACAUCGACCACCGCAAUCUUAUUUCCUUGACGGGUUCUCCUGGACCGAAAUUACCUAACGACAUUAAGAAAAAUGAAACAGCCAUUUGGUCUUCAGAAGAUAAGGAUUUACGGCCGAAUUUACUGCAUCCAUUUCCCGUAUCAACAAACAAAAAUAUUCCUUUAUCGACAAUUGAUACGGAUUAUAGGCAACAAUUUCCAAAUAUCAAAGAUAUACCGCUGGAUGAUUCAGCUGUGGCAACUCCCUCAAUGCCAGUGCCUCCUUUAGAACCGCCCAAUUUCCCAAUAUUGAAUGAGUUUUUAGAGUCUCCUAACCAAAUUGACAUGUCCAUGCCACCUCCUGGCAUUGUAAAAAGUGAUACUCCUAAAAGUAAAAGCCUAUCUCCGCAGAAAAAUACAGGAAAACCAGCUGCUUCGAAGGGCAAUGGUAAUGACAAUGUAGAGAGUAUAGAUAUGGAAAUGUCAGAUGAAGAUCAAGAGGAUCCGAAUAGGGAUUUGUUCGAAGAAACGGAAAUCUUCGGUGGAGAUUUGGGAGUCGACUCACCUCCAAUUAAUGAUACUGCGACCCCAGCUUUUUCCACUCCCACACAGGCACCGUUCCGACCACCACUACUCAAAACCCCCGAUUUCCCUCCGAGUCCCAACAUGCCGUGGGAAAAUACAAAACAAUUGGUCCACCCAAAUCUAGGCAAUAAUGGAACACCGGAAUUGAAUGCUAGUCCAAUUAAUCCUUGGAAAUCGCCACGGAUGACACCACCAGGUAUUGGUGGACACAUCCCGACGCAACCACCGCCUUUUAGAAUGCCAGGUAAUCAAUCAUUUCUACGAGGUGGUUUUGUUUCACCGCCAAUGAGGGGAUUUCCGCCACAAAUGAAACAAAAUUUCCGAAGUCCUCUGAUGCGUCCUCCGCGCAAUAAUUCGCCAUAUUUCAACAAUCGUGGACGAGGUGCAGGCAUUCUGCCGCCCUCAUCAAAUCCAUUCAGAAACCCUCAGAAUGCAUUUCGAGGGAAAUUUAGAGGUGGUGGAAACUGGUAACUAAAUAGGAUAUUUUAAUGAUGUUGCAGCAGGAUAAUUUGUUACAGGACGGGAGAAUAUUUUAUAGAAUUCGAAAACAUUGGGAGAAAUAUGUAAUUUACCUAAAUAGUGACUGUAUUAUGUACAAAAGGUAUGUGUGACUGCGAAUUCGUGAGAAUGACCUAAUAUAAUGCUAGGCAUAGGUAAUGGACACAAAACUAUUCUCUAGUUUGUUUAUGUCGAAAAUGCUAUCAAAGUAAUAUUACGAAAUGAAGUAUCCGAUUUUAUUGAAAUCUCACUGAAUAAACAGAAACAGAAAGAAAAGAACAUACUUUUGCUUUCAUUGCAUUGUAUUUUACGAAAUGCGGUUAAUUUAAUUUUUCACUGUAAAAAUAAAAUAAUGAUAACGAAUAAUAUUUGAAAAGACUUAAGUAUGAAUGGAAAUAUUUCAUAUUGUCAAUGUACCAGUUAGGAUAAUAUAUAUAACAAGCGUACUUUGCUCUGUAAAUAGGAUUUAACUUCUUUGAUUUUAUCGGAACGAGCGUAGAAUACGUUUAGCUUUCCCGUUGGAAAAAUGCUGCAAAGAAAGUCAUGUCAUCUUUAAUUGUAAAAAAUGUAUGAACUGUAAAAUGAGAUGUUAUUUCUUCGAUCACAGACAUUAUUUCCUUUUGCUGUGAAAUAAUCACCUUAGAUUGAUAAA